AUGCAGGACGCCGGCGGAGACCGAGUCGACGAGCACGAGAAGCAAUUGCCCAAGAAUCAGAUCGAGAAUGAUGAGGCGCAUCUUGAUCCAAGCCGGUGGUGGUUUGCCAGCUCGGCAUUCCCCAUGAUUGCAGGCACCUUGGGCCCAGUUGCUUCCGCCUUCAGUAUAUGUGCACUGGUCCGGCCGUGGAGACAAAAGUAUGCGCCGGGAGACGACAUGGCCUUUCUGGAGUUCAUUCCUGAUCCGAAAUGGCUCUUGGGUAUAAACGGAGCACAGCUGGUUAUUGCCAUCAUUGCCAAUCUGUUCCUUUUGCUGAACAUGACGAGGAGGCUUAGGUUCACUAUAGCGCAGCCUGUGACUAUCGUCGGAUGGUACAUCUCUUCGAUAUGUCUCAUCGCACUAAGUGCAACCGCGUCAGGACCCCUGGUCAUCAGACCCAAGGAUGAGUUCAUCUGGUCGCAGGCUUUCUACUACGGCAUAUUUUCUGCCGCCCUCUACUUUCUCUGCUCCUCCCUGAUGGUGGUCACCUACCACGGCGCCCAAGCUGGUCACUAUGACAAGGACUUCCAGCUCACCACCAGCCAGCGCACGCUUAUGCUGCAGACGAUAAUGUUUCUGAUGUAUUUGCUUAUCGGUGCUCUGAUAUUCUCAACUAUUGAAGGCUGGCAGUAUCUGGAUGCCGUGUACUGGGCUGAUGUUACGCUGUUCACCGUCGGAUUCGGCGACUUUUCUGUGCAGACGAAUCUCGGGAGAGCAUUGCUCUUUCCAUACGCGCUCAUUGGUGUGAUUUCUCUCGGUUUGGUCAUUGGUUCCAUCCGAAGCUUGGUCCUUGAGCGUGGAAGACGGCGGCUGGACGCUCGGAUGGUUGAGAAGAAGAGACGCCGGAUGCUGCGACAGAUGGCGCGCAAGGGCAAGGACGAUAUGCUGAUCCCGAUUACUGAUGAAAUGCCUCCGCAAAGCCCCAUGUCCGCUGACACCGGGCUUACCGAGUUCGAGCGGCGAGAGAAGGAAUUCAAGUUGAUGCGCGAAAUCCAGAAGCGGGCGGAUCAUCGAAGAAGAUGGAUUGCCAUGGGUAUCUCUUCAACCACAUGGGUAGCUUUGUGGCUCAUCGGCGCCUUGAUUUUUCAGAGCUGCGAGUCUGCUUAUUCUGGAUGGACUUACUACAAUGGUUUCUACUUUGCAUUUGUCAGUUUGACGACUAUUGGCUAUGGUGAUGUCACUCCGGCCUCGCCCGCUGGAAAGGCCUUCUUUGUCUUUUGGUCUUUGCUCGCCCUUCCCACCAUGACGGUUUUGAUCUCUAAUGCAGGGGAUACCGUCGUGAAGGGCAUCAGGGAUGCAACAAAUCAGAUUGGCAACAUCACCAUCCUACCGGGCGAGCACGGCUUUCGCAAGGACCUAAAGCUCUUCAUCAAGACAUUGUCUUGUGGUCAACUCUUUGAGGAGGAGAUUGAGGAUCUACCGCCAGGGUUUUUGGGGCAAGCACAUUCACAGGAGACUUUGAACGAGGAAGACGACGAAGACGAAGAAGACACCGAUAUGGAGGUAGAAGGGCCGGAGGGAUCGACCGGUGACCUUGACAAGGAAGUCCGCGGAGUCGCGGGUAGUGUCGACCCUUCUGAUAGAGACAUGAACAUAGCCAGAGCACCCAGCAAUGGUGGUACCGAUGCUGACGGCAGCAGAACCGUCUCCGCUGAUCCAUCCGCCUCGGGCAACUCAUCUUCGACGAAAGGGAAGAUCAAGAUCCAGGAGCCACCCAGACCAAGUAGCAGUCGGCCACAGAGAUCUCAAACCGACAUCAACGCCAACACUGUGAAGAUGAAGCGGGCCAUGUCCAUCCCUAGGCAGGAUAUCCCACAGGAGGUGCCCACCAAUCGCGCUGACUACCACGUCUUACUAAUCGACGAGAUCAACCGCGUCACGCAGCACCUCAAGUCGCACCCGCCGCGAAAGUACACCUUCCGGGAGUGGGCAUGGUACUUGAAGCUGCUGGGCGAGGACGAGCGCAGUGCGGACACCCAUAGGCAGGCGCGGCCGCACACGCAUCGCAAGCACGAGAACAAGACGACCAACACGGACGGCCCGAGCGAGGGGGCAGGCAGCGAGCAUGCCAGCCUGUUCCACGCGACGGCGGCACAUUUCCAUCUUGGAGGCGAGGUCUGCCGCGAUGGCGAGACGAAGACCGAAGAUGCCAAGGCUACGAGUGAGGACACCGACAAGCUUCAAUGGAGCUGGGUAGGGUCUCGUAGCCCGCUAAUGGGCAGCCAGGAGGAGGCGGAGUGGAUCCUCGAGAAGCUCACGCAGAAGCUGGCCGAGGAACUGAGAGCGGUCCGCAAAGAGGACUUGGCGAGGGAGAGGGAGGAAAAAAAGGCAUCUAAAGGCCAAGCACGAAGACGGGACUAG